CAAGUAUAAUCCCUUAUUUACACGAGUAUACAUGUACUAGUGAAUGUAAUACCAAUUCAAAGAUAAAGAAGAUAAGGAAUCAACAAUUUUAAAUAAUGUUACGAUUGUUUCUUAUAGCUUUUGUGUGGUAUUUUAUUGGAAAUUUAGGAAUUGUGUUGACAGAUUGUCCAUUCGGAUGGCAGCAUUACAAUAGUUCAUGCUACUUUUUCAGUUCCGAGAAACUAGAUUGGUAUUAUGCGGAGUUUGCCUGCCGAGGACAUGAUGCAAGGCUAGUUGAAAUCGAAACAAAGGACCGACAAGACUUCAUUGCAGAUAUAGCUAAACACCAUCCUCACGCCCGCAAUUAUUGGACAGGAGGACGAGAUGAUGUUACUGAAGGUAGAUGGAUAUGGUCAUCAACAGACCAACCAAUAACCUUUACGAACUGGGGUCCACAUGAACCAAGUAAUAGAACAGACCAGAACUGCAUCGCUAUACACGCUGCUACUCACUGGAAGUGGGUUGAUGGGACCUGCUCGGAAACAGCAGCGUUUAUCUGUGAGAAAAAAUACCAAGAUAGUGGAGAAAUCGUAGGCUAGGUUAGCUACCAAGAGUUAAGAAUAAAUGAG